GAGACCGGAAGUGAAAGACACGGAAGAAGAAAAUGGAGGCGGCAGUGUUCAUCCUGUCGCUAGUGGACUGCUGUGCACUGAUUUUCCUCUCGGUCUACUUUAUCAUCACUCUGUCUGAUUUGGAGUGCGAUUACAUCAACGCCCGAGCAUGCUGCUCCAAACUCAACAAAUGGGUGAUUCCAGAGAUGGUGGGUCAGUGUCUCUCCACCAUGCUGAUGCUGGUCUCCAUGCACUGGUUCAUCUUCCUCCUCAACCUGCCUGUAGCUGUCUGGGACAUUUAUAGGUACGUGAAGGUCCCGAUGGGGAACAUGGGCGUGUUCGACCCCACUGAGAUCCACAACCGGGGCCAGCUCAAGUCCCACAUGAAGGAGGCCAUGAUCAAACUGGGCUACCACCUGCUCUGCUUCUUUAUUUACCUGUACAGCAUGAUCCUGGCUCUGAUCAACGACUGAAGCCCCGCCCCCAUCAGGCUCUCUGAUUCCCCCCUGCUGUCAAACUCCAGGACAACCCCCGCAAUCUACACACACAUCCUGUCCUGUGUGUGUGUACAGUUCUGCUCUGUCGUCACAAUCUCAGCGUUUACCUUUAAUACAGAGGUUAACAUUUAAUCAUCUAACACUUCAUCACAUCAUCAGCGUAUAAAGAAAACUACACAUAGUAAUUCUCUGUGGUCUCAAACAUCCUCACACCGAAAGAUCCAAAAAAUGAUAGAACACUCACGACAAGAUAGGAAGAGAAAACCCGCUGUGUGCCAGCGUGAGGUACCUCACAAGAUGUAAAUAAUGAAAACGGAUGUAAACAAACCUGGUGACUCCAGCCUGUGUUAACCUGUUCAUCCUUUUAGUGAGAUCCUACCUGUUUUAAGUAUGUGAACCACAUUCAUGCUAGCCAGUGUUAGCCUCAGUGCUAAUGUGUUUACAGAUGCUUUGAAACAUCACCAGCAGCUAGCCUCUCUCUCUCUCUCUCUCUCUCUCUCUCUCGCUCGCUUGCUCGCUUGCUCUCUCUCUUUCUCUCUCUUUCUCUCUUUCUCUCUCUCUCUGAAAAAACCAUCCAGCCUAAAUCUCAAAUAUAAAUCAGUGAUAGGUUUAUGAAAUAAUAUUAGACCUCAUCUCUAAGGCCCUCACAUCAGCAGAUAAUCAGAACAUCAUUGUUGACAGAGUUGGCCAAUCGGAGGAAAGUGGGCACGUAGGGAGGGGGGAUGGGGGGGCGCCUUAAAGAGACAGUAGCUGAAAUGAGAGAUUUUACAGACAACAGUAUCAGAUAAAUAAGGAGGUUUUUUUUGUGCUACACAUCUCGCUGCACUACUCAAUCGGUUUCCCAGGCGGACAUACACAUACCAAUAUCAGCUGUUUAAAAUUGAUAACUUAUUAUGUUAAAAUAAUAAAAGACAAUAUUUUAUGUGCAGGUCCUCAGGAGGCCGCUGACACAAAAAAAACUACUGAAGAAUAAAUAUUUAACAAUUAAUAUACUGUAAUUUUAUACAACAUAUGUCUGAUCUGCUGAACGUGAUGGAUACAGUGCUGGAAGGAUUGUUAACUAUGGAGUCAGAGCGCCCUCUGCUGGACAAACUACAUGACGCUAUUCUAACCAUACAUGUUUUGUUUUUAAAUUCAUAAAUAUGGAUCAGCUGAAGUAACAAUCUAUCUGUAGUGAAAAUGAUUUUAAGCUUUGUUUUCUUUGUCCCUCCUUGAUGAACACACACUUCUAACAGAUUUCAUCUCUCUCUCUCACACACACACACACACACACACACACACACACACACAUACACUCCUUCAGUCGUCUGAACGCUUGCAGUAUUGGUCAGGAGCUUCCACUACAUUUUUUAUGUUUGUUCGAAUCAGAAGUGCGUGAGUGUGAUCGAAACUCUGUUAUUGUGACGACAGCAGAGAUCACUGUAACACAGUACACACACACACACACACACACACACACACACAUCUCUGCCUAUGUGUGUGUGUGUGUGUUCAUUGAGUAUUUUGCCCCACUAAGGUUGUUCUGUCUGUGGACAGGCAUGAAUCUAUGUUUUUUUUUUUUUUACUGUGAGAUCAAACCUGCACUGAUGCUGUGUUAAUUAACUGAACACACACACUGUUCAGCUGAGUAGCACGGUGUGUGUGUGAGUGAGUGAGUGUGUGAGUGUGUGUGUGUGUGUGUGUGUGUGUGCAGACAGAUAAUCAGACACAGUCGGUCCAUCCUACUCAUAAAAAGGCCUUUUUACAUGAACAACUCCACACUCAUCAAGUGUUCACUUUCUGGGUUUUUUGUUUGUUUUGUUUUUUGAGGGAGAUUAUAAUGUUUCAUAAAUAAAAUAAUAAAAAAGA